ACAGCAGUUUCCCUGCUGCCCAGACAUCAUCGAGCGCAGCACGCCCCAGCACACCACGCAUCCCAAUGACUCCCUAGGUAGCCUGACCUGACCGGAGCGCCUCCUAAUACGCACUGCGUGUUGCCCGCAGAAAAAGAAAACGAAAAGCUGGCUUCCUGGAGCUGAAAAUUCCUGGGAAGGAGUUGAGAGCAUGCGCAGAGUCUGCAGUGUUGCAACCAGUCUCACUUGAGCCUUCCAGUCCAGUCAAGAUUCCAACCAGUUGUUGGCCCGCCUGUCUCACGGCGGCAAUGCGCGCCUAUGUUGAUGCGCUCUUGCGGGCCCUAUGUCCUUCCGUAGAUGCGACUCUCCUGUCCGCGGCGAGUCGUGUCCGGGUGCCUCGUGGUCAGGACGGCGUUGGGUCGCCCCGAAGACACUGCGCCCGUCGGGUCCGCCCCGUGCACACCAGCACUUCGACAAGGGGACAGCCACCCCAGCCGACCCAAAUUGAGCAGUUCGUUGCGCUUGAGGGGUUGCAGCCGGGAAACCCCGGAGCAGCGCGCUCGCGAGAUGCAGACGCCGUUGUCUCUCGAGACCCCUCUGCGGCGUGGGCUUCGCAGCAGCAGCAGCCGCCGCGAGCACCGGCCGGAGACACCCAGCCUCGGCCAAAUCCACACCGUUUGAUAGAGGCCAAGCGCCGCAAGCUGAAAGCCGGCACUGUGCCAAGGGAAGUGCCACUCCCGCCGCUUCCUCCUGGCUUGGGCUUCCCAGGGGAAGCAUCGAAGAGUGGCAUCGAACCAGGUUUAGGCCUUGAUUCCGAGACAAGGGAGACUCCUGGGCCAGAGCCGGAACCAAACGUGGCGGCUCUCAAGCCAUCAGACAGAACUCCACUGACUGCACCGGAGCUCUGCGAGCUGUCUGAUGUCCCGGCGUCCAGGCUCGACAGCACCCCCACGCCCGUCAUAUACCAGGCACUGCACCUCUUGCCUAGUCGCCAGGGACAAGGCGGCAGGAUAAGGCACCUUGUCCGGUACCUCGUCGAACAGCGUGGUGAGCCGCCCAGUGUGUCCCUGUAUGAAGCGCUCGUCGUCGCAAACUUCGACACAGCGACUGGUUCGGCAAGCGAGUUGAGGGAUAUGUUGCUGGAGAUGAAGAAGGCAGGCGUGCAACCGUCUCGGAGCUUCUAUCACCGCGCCCUGCAGCUGCUUGCGAUCCACCCGGACUAUCUGUCCCGAAAUACCAUCCUACGGGACUUGAAGGACAGGGGGAUGGAGUUGAAUGACAGCGGAAAGUGCAGCGUUGCCUUGGGGUUGCUACGCGACGGCCAGAACGAGAUGGCCCUGGACUACUGGGAUGAACUGUGCCGCGACAAAACCGACAUACCCGAUUGGGUGUUUGAGAUCUUCGUCUACGUUCUCACCGCGCGUGGCUUUGUGGACGAAGCGCUGCAGGUGUUCCGCCAGCGCCUGGACAAGGUACCGGUUCCUCUUCGCACCUGGUUCUACCUCCUAGAGGAAUGCAGCAGGAGCCUGCACUAUGAAGGAACCACCUUCAUAUGGGAGAAGAUGGUGCAGCCAGGGACGCUGCAUCCGGCCGACGGGAUCUGCCUCAACGUGCUGAACACGGCGUCGCGCCAUGGAGACCCGGCGCUGGCUACCGCCGUCAUCCAACUCCUCUCCGACCGCGGCGUGAAGCUAGGCCUCCACCACUACGAGCCACUGCUCGAAAGCUAUGUGCACGUCGGCGACCUAGAGAACGCAUUUCGGGUGCUCUGCAUCAUGGCAGGCGCGGGGGUCCAACCGGACCAGUCGAGCACGCGCUCCAUCUAUGCGAUGCUCAAAGGCUCGCCCGAACGCGUAAAGGGAGCGGUCAGCAUCCUGGAAAAGUUGCACAAGGAGCACGAGCUCCCAGCGGUAGCGCUCAACGUGCUGCUAGAAGUCCUCGCCGAGACGGGAGACAUGGCCCGAACGCUCGACACGUACCGCCAGGUCUGCGACCUCUGCCGGUCGGGGCCCAACCAGCAGACCUUCGACAUCCUUCUGGGGCAGGACUGCCGGAGCGCCGACGCGGUGUUCCUCAUCUCCGAGAUGGACCGCUUCUCCAUCAGGCCGUCGGCACCGAUCCUCGACAGCCUGAUUUACAGCUUCGCUCUCGACGGCAACCUCGAUGUGGCGAUGCUCUACCUGACCGAAAUGAACCGCUUGGCCGGGUCGUCGAGCUGGCUGAGCAGACGCACCUUCCUCACGGUACUGCUGCGCUGCUACAAGGAGAAUGACCCGCGGCUGCCGAUGCUGCUGGAGGAGGCCAAGAGGAGAUGGGCCGAUAUCGAAGAGGAGUUCGCCAGCCGCGUGACCGAGAUUCGCCGUCGUGAGUGAGGUACAUGUUACACGUGGCAUGGGGGUUGUUGGGCCGGCUCGGUCAUGCCAUGCUCGAGCUGAGGGAUGUAACGGAAACAAGGAUACAUAUCUCCAUCCCGUUGUUCACCUUGGCGAGUGGGUAUGUGCUUGUCCACUCGGCCCUACACCCAGCAUGAAAAGUUUCCAACAGCCAUCCAUAUCGCCGACAUUGAACGGACCCGUCCCCCGUUUCCCGUAGGGUCGCAUUCCGCUAAAACAGAACAUCCCCCGCCAUGU